UGCCGCCGCCUCCGCAGCCUGGCUAACGGGUUCAGCAGCUCCAGCCGCCGGUGAGGGAUUCUUGUGCCACAGAACCGGACACCAUGGCUAAGACCGUGCAGGGUGCUCGGUACCGCGGCUCUGUCCAUGAUUUCCCUGACUUCGAUGCGGGCCAAGACGCUGAGGCUCUCUACACAGCCAUGAAGGGUUUCGGUAGCGACAAGGAGGCCAUCCUGGAGCUCAUCACCUCCCGCAGCAACAGGCAGAGGCAGGAGAUCUGUCAGAGCUACAAGUCCCUCUAUGGCAAGGACCUCAUUGCUGACCUCAAGUACGAGCUGACGGGCAAGUUCGAGCGGCUGAUUGUGGGGCUCAUGCGGCCCCUUGCCUACUGCGACGCCAAGGAGAUCAAGGACGCCGUGUCGGGUGCUGGCACUGAUGAGAAGUGUCUCAUUGAAAUCCUGGCCUCACGCACCAACCAGCAGAUCCACGAGCUGGUGGCAGCCUACAAGGACGCCUACGAAAGGGACCUGGAAGCUGACAUCACGGGGGACACAUCGGGGCACUUUCAGAAGAUGCUGGUGGUGCUACUUCAGGGUACCCGGGAGGAGGACGACGUGGUCAUCGAGGAGCUGGUUCAGCAGGAUGUGCAGGACCUGUAUGAGGCAGGAGAGCUCAAGUGGGGGACAGAUGAGGCCCAGUUCAUCUACAUCCUGGGGAACCGAAGCAAACAGCACCUGAGACUAGUGUUCGAUGAAUACCUGAAGACCACCGGGAAGCCCAUCGAGGCCAGCAUCCGUGGAGAGCUGUCCGGGGACUUUGAGAAGCUGAUGCUGGCUGUGGUGAAAUGUGUUCGCAGCACCCCUGAGUAUUUUGCUGAGCGGCUCUUCAAGGCUAUGAAGGGCUUGGGCACUCGGGACAACACCCUGAUCCGCAUCAUGGUGACACGCAGCGAGCUGGACAUGAUGGAUAUCCGCGAGAUCUUCCGGACCAAGUACGAGAAGUCCCUCUACAGCAUGAUCAAGAACGACACUUCCGGUGACUACAAGCGGGCUCUGCUGAAGCUGUGCGGGGGUGAUGACGAUGCUGCCGGCCAGUUCUUCCCAGAGGCUGCUCAGGUGGCCUACCAGAUGUGGGAACUUAGCGCAGUGUCCAGAGUCGAGCUAAAAGGGACCGUCAGGCCUGCAGGAGACUUUGACCCGGAUGCGGACGCCAAGGCUCUUCGCAAGGCUAUGAAGGGGCUCGGGACUGAUGAGGAAACCAUCAUCAACAUUAUCACACGCCGCAGCAACGCCCAGAGGCAACAGCUACGCCAGACAUUCAAGUCCCACUUUGGCAGGGACCUGAUGGCCGACCUGAAGUCUGAGAUUUCCGGGGACCUGGCCCGGCUGAUUCUGGGGCUCAUGAUGACCCCAGCCCACUACGACGCCAAACAGCUGAAAAAGGCCAUGGAGGGUGCCGGCACGGAUGAGAAGACCCUCAUCGAGAUUCUGACUACUCGCAACAACGAGGAGAUCCGGGCCAUCAACGAGGCAUACAAGGAGGACUAUCACAAGUCCCUGGAGGACGCCCUGAGCUCGGACACCUCCGGCCACUUCAGGAGGAUUCUCAUCUCUUUGGCGACGGGCAACCGUGAAGAAGGAGGAGAAGAUCGGGACCAGGCCCGAGAGGAUGCCCAGGAAAUCGCCGACACCACCAGCGGGGACAAGGAGUCCCUAGAGACACGCUUCAUGACCAUCCUGUGCACGAAGAGUCACCAGCACCUCCGGCGAGUCUUUCAGGAAUUUGUCAAGAAAACCAACUACGACGUAGAACAUGUCAUCAAGAAGGAGAUGUCGGGGGAUGUCAGAGAUGCCUUUGUGGCCAUCGUGCGGAGUGUCCGGAACAAGCCUCUCUUCUUCGCGGACAAGCUCUACAAGUCCAUGAAGGGAGCGGGCACCGAUGAGAAGACGCUGACCCGCAUCAUGGUGUCCCGCAGCGAGAUUGACCUUUUGAAUAUUCGUCGAGAGUUCCUAGACAAGUACGACAAGUCCUUGCACCAGACCAUUGAGGGUGACACCUCUGGGGACUUCUGCAAGGCCUUGCUGGCCAUCUGUGGAGGUGACGACUAGCCUCUGGCCUGGCUUUGGCAGUGCCUCUGCCAAGAAGGGGUCAUGGUGGCCCCAUCCCCAUCUGAGACCAGGGAGGAGGCAUCUCCAUGGGGUUCAGGACAGCCCCCUACCCCCACCACUUCUGCUCACGCCUGGGCUGCCAUACAGCUGUUCCCAGAGCCCACGUCCACCCUGGUCUCCGUGGUGCUCCCUAGUUCUUGGCCUCAGCCCUAUUCUUCCCGUUGAUACACAGAACCUGCCACGACCCUGAUCCCUCACCCAUCCCAGCCACACCCGUGUCCCCUUCUGCCUGCCCAGGACCUUAUCAAAUUCAGAAGCUUCUGACCUUUGGGACAA